AUUGUAGCUUACUGUACAUAUUGAUUGAUAAUGAUAGCUAACUUCACACCAGAGAAAACAAAAAGUAAUUUUCUAACCUCACAAAAUUUGUGAAAUGGAAGUUAUAAACUCAAACUCCGCUCAGUUAAGCAACUAUGAAGUCUUAAAACAUUUACAACAGCUAAAAGAUGGCAGGAAAAAAGAUAAACGGCAAGGACAGUUAGCCACAAUCACUUACGAGACUCUCAGAUAUUUGGAGAAUACACCUUGCAAUCAACAAACACCGGAAACUAUAACAGCAUGUCUCAAGGCAUUAGAGCCAUUUAAUCUUAGUAAAAAUGAAAAACUAAUGAUCAUUAAUUCGCCUCCAACUACAGCCCUCGAAAUUCAGUUGAUGAUUGAAGAGAGCGAAGAAAGACUCACCGAGGAACAAGUCAAUGAAAUUUUAAAAAUCGUGGUGCUACACUUUCCACAUGUGCAAAAGGUAGAAGAAAAUGAAGAUGAAACUGAAGAAGCUUAAAUUAGGAAAAUCAUUUAUUUUGCAAUAAAAACAUAAUUAUCAAAGAAAUAGCUACAUAAACUCAACACAACAUUAAUUUAUCGCUUUUGGUCUCCUAAAUCUUCGAUAAAAUCUUCAUCAAUCUAAAAUAACACAGAAUAACAUCGAAUAAGUCAUCUUUAACAUCUCCCUGUAUUACUAUUUCGUCAUCACCUGUAACCGAUGAACCGCAUGCAAACUUAGUACCGAAAAACUUGGCUGCGACCUUUAGAUCAAUACC